AUGGCACCUCUAAGCCUCGGCGAUGAGUCCGAUGGGAGUAAGCUUCGGUUGGCAAAAAAGAACCAACUUCAAGAUGACAACUUAAGAGAUGUCAACUCAUCUUCAAAGCCCCGCCCCAGGCGACUCACUCCACCAUUCCCGCAGAAUAAAGAUCUCAAACCCCAAACACCGUCAAUUAGUCGCGGUUGGCGGUUAUCACUUUCAAGACAACGCAGCCGACAAUCUACCUUCGACCAAGCCCAGUCUCCUCUAUUUAAAUCUUUGCCCACCGAAGUCCGCCUUCUCAUCUGGGAACACUAUCUCUGUAGUCGAAUGCUGCAUAUUCUUCGACCAAGCCAGGGCAAAUGGAAACGAUCCGACAAACGAAUUGUGGGCAUUUUAUGCAGUGAGUCUCGCAAUUUUUGUCCAUGCAGUCAUCAUUGCUGGGGACCGCUUGCUCGUCGCCCUGUGGGGAACUGCAUUACACCCAUGGACUACGGGUCAUACUACCACGAGAACUCCGAGUGGAGAUUUGACACGAGAAGAGUUGAUUUUGUGCCACUUUUACAAUCUUGUCGAAGAGUAUACUCCGAGGCUAUUGAUGUCAUCUUUCAAAAGAAUACAUUCCUCUUUAACCAUACAAAUACAAUCAUCGAGUUCACGCAUACACUUCUACCACAGCGAGCGAGCAUGAUCCGCACUUUACAGCUCAGUUUUCCGGAUCCCGGUGGCCUAAGUUGGAAUAGAUGCUGCCAGGUUCUUGCUACGAUGUUACCUAACCUGAAGAACUUGACCAUCCAUUUGUAUCCUCAUGUCACGAACCGUCUGGACGAUUGGCUUAUACCGCUACAUCAGAUUCAACAGGCCACCGUCUUUGAUGUCUUGCUCAUCAAGCCAUGGUAUCUGGAUCCACAAUGGCAAAAGUCAAUUGGGCUUGUUGAUGCGCCUUUUCAAUUUGCCGUUAGUGAUGUCCAGAGACGUGAUUUUUUGAAAGUUGUAGAGUAUUGA